GUACAAAUAGGACUCCCGCUGCCGUCGACCUCAAGCUGACCCGCCAUUCCACUCGAGGUCUCCUCCAGCCGUGCCAGCCAGAGACCCAGAGUAUAGCCCACAAAGUGGUAACGCGUCGCGCUCCGAAUGCAGCUUCUCCCGCGGCUCUGCAUGGCCACCGGCACCGGCGACGGCGACGGGGAGGGGAGCGGCAAGGGCGGCGACAGCAGCAGCGGCAAGCUGGCCACGGCGGUGUCCUCCUCCUCGUCGACCGUCUCCACGUCGUCCUCCGCGGCGGCGGCGGCCGUGUCGGAGGAGUCCUCGUCGGCGUCCCUCCCUUCGCUCCCGUCGCUCUCGGCCGCGGCGGCCGCCACCCUCGCGGCGUCCUUCUCCCACGUCGCCACGCUCCGCCCCGUGUGCGCGGGGCCGUCGGCCGCCGUCGUCGCGGCGGGGGACUCCCUCCAUGGGCUCGUCGUAGCGCGGCCGGCGGCCGUGGCGCUCCACGACCUGUCCACGCUCGAGGCCACCUCCACCUCCGCCGCGGCCGACGCUGCCGCUGCCGCGGGCUCCGUGAAGUGCGCGGCGCACCUCCACGGCGGCGCGGCGGCCGUGACGGGCCACCAGGACGGGCGGCUGCGGCUGUGGCGGGUCUCCUCGCGCUCGCCCGCGAGGCUCCGCCUCGCCGCCGCGCUCCCCACUGUCGCCGAUCGCCUCCGCAGGUUCCCCGUCCCGUCCAACCACGUGACCGUCCGCCGCCACCACCGCCGGCUCUGGAUAGAGCACGCCGACACCGUGUCCGGCGUCGCGGCGUCUGCCGACGGCCGCCUCCUCUUCUCCGUCUCCUGGGACAAGACCCUCAAGGUCUGGGCCCUCCCGUCGCUCCGCUGCCUGCAGUCGCUGCCGGCGCACGACGACGCCGUGAACGCCGUCGCCGUGGCGCCCGACGGCACGGUGUACACGGGGUCCGCCGACAAGCGCGUCCGCGUGUGGGCGCCCCGCCCCGCGCCCGACAAGGCCCGCCGCGCGCGCGGCAGGAAGCACCAGCCCGCCUACCACCUGGUCGCCACCCUGUCCCGGCACACGGCGGCGGUGAACGCCCUGGCCGUCGGGUCCGGGGGCCAGGCGCUGUACUCGGGCAGCAACGACCGGUCCAUCGUGGUGUGGGAGCGGGAGGACAGCGCGAGCCACAUGGUCGCGAUCGGGGCGCUGAGGGGACACCGCAGGGCCGUGCUCUCCAUCUCUUGCUCGGCCGGCGGGCUCGUCGUCAGCGGGUCCGCGGACCAGACCGUGCGCGCCUGGCGGCGCGCCGCGGACGGCAGGGGGUACGCGUGCGUCGCCGUGAUCGACGGGCACGGCGCCGCGGUCAGGUCGGUCGCGGCGGCGCCCUCGCCCUCGCCCGCGCCGCAGAAGUGGCCCCGGGGGGGCGGCGGCGGCGGCGGCGACGAGGAGGAGUGGCGGGUGUGCAGCGCGAGCUUCGACGGCGAGGUGCGGGUCUGGUCGCUGCGGGUGUCGUCGGGUUUGUAGUAGGUGCGAUUUGGCGCGAUCUUUUGACGUAGGGCAGUGUAUUUUUAUUCUUACCACACCAGGUUUUGGUUUGGCUCUUGGACACGAACGUUUGUGUAGAUACAGAGAGAUCGGAGUGCCUAGCUACAUUUUUUGUGUUCUUGCAAAUUUCUAUCGCGAUUGCAAAUUUGUUCAGAAACUUA